UUUAUCCACAUUCUUCCAUUUCUCCUUCCCAAUUUCCAUCCACAAAACUUUUUUGCCAUACACCAAUGAUGAUCUUCAUUCUUCAUCUUCAUCGCUCAAUCACUGUAUUUCCCUUCAGCAAACCAUAAUCUAACUCCCCAUGGCCUAACUCAACUCUUAUCCUUCCACUUCCAUUUCAAUGGUGGCCACUUUCUCAACUCGAGCUCAACCUUUCAAAUCAACUCCAAUAGCUGCAACUCUGUAUCCUUCAUCCUCUCACCCAACUUCACCUUCCCAUUUGUCUCUCUUCAAGAGUUCUUUCUUUAGAGGUCAGUUUUGUAGCCGGCGCUUUCUUCGAUUCAAUCCAAGUUGUACUCGGAUACGUCGUUUAGGGAAUGUGAUAUCACCUAGUUGUGUUCUUCCAUUGACUGAGGAAAAUGUGGAGAAAGUUUUGGAUGAAGUAAGGCCAAGCUUGAUGGCUGAUGGAGGGAAUGUUGCUCUGCAUGAGAUAGAUGGGCUUGUUGUGAUAUUGAAGCUUCAAGGAGCAUGUGGGUCUUGUCCAAGCUCAACAAUGACACUUAAAAUGGGAAUUGAGACAAGACUUAGAGACAAAAUUCCUGAAAUUUUGGAAGUUGAGCAGAUCAUGGACACUGAAACAGGACUUGAACUCAAUGAGGAAAAUGUUGAAAAGGUACUUUCAGAGAUUAGACCAUACUUAGCAGGAACAGGAGGUGGAAUCUUGGAAGUUAUUGAGAUAAAAGAUUAUGUGGUUAAGGUGCGGCUGAGCGGACCUGCAGCAGGGGUUAUGACUGUUCGAGUUGCUCUCACACAGAAGUUGAGAGAGAAAAUACCAGCCAUUGCAGCAGUACAGCUUAUAGAGUAGAAUCACCUUUGUAACUUCUUCUCCACGUUCUUUUACUUUAUAAUUUUUUUAAAAUUUUUUUUACAAUUUUAAUGAGGUUGUUGUUAUGGUAAAUGUUGAGUAUAUAGAAUAAUAUAUGAAGAGUUCUGUUUCGCUGGGA